AUGGCCAAGAAAUACAAAGGUCCAGCUAUUGGAAUUGACCUUGGAACAACCUAUUCAUGUGUAGCAGUUUGGCAGGGCCAAAACAAUCGUGCAGAGAUCAUUCACAAUGAUCAAGGAAACACAACUACACCUUCUUUUGUUGCUUUUACGGAUUCUCAAAGGUUAAUUGGUGAUGCUGCUAAAAAUCAAGCUGCUUCAAACCCGGCCAACACUAUCUUUGAUGCAAAGAGGUUAAUCGGAAGGAAAUAUAGUGAUUCUGUUAUUCAGAAUGACAUACAGUUGUGGCCAUUUAAGGUUGUUGCUGUAAAAGAUGACAAACCCGAGAUCAUUGUUAAGUAUAAGGGUAGGGAGAAGGGCUUUUGUGCUGAGGAAAUUUCAUCAAUGGUCCUCACAAAGAUGCGUGAGAUUGCUGAGAAAUUUUUGGGAUCAACCGUUGAGAAUGCAGUAGUUACCGUGCCUGCUUAUUUCAAUGAUUCUCAGCGAAAAGCAACAAAAGAUGCUGGUGUCAUUGCUGGCCUCAACGUUAUAAGGAUAAUCAACGAACCUACUGCUGCUGCUCUUGCAUAUGGCCUUCAGAAGAGAACUAAUUGUGUUGAAGAGAGAAAUAUUUUCAUAUUUGAUCUUGGUGGAGGAACAUUUGAUGUUUCUGUCCUCACUAUUAAGAAUAAUGUGUUUGAUGUCAAGGCCACUGCAGGAGAUACUCAUCUCGGAGGCGAAGAUUUUGAUAACAGAAUGGUGAAUCACUUUCUGAUGGAGUUCAAGAGGAAGCAUAAUAAGGACCUUAGUGCAAACCCUAGGGCUCUUAGGAGGUUGAGAACAGCUUGCGAGAGGGCAAAAAGGACACUUUCAUUUGAUACCGAGGCCACCGUUGACAUAGAUGCCUUAUAUGAGGGUAUUGACUUCCAGUCAUCCCUCACUCGGGCCAAGUUUGAGCAACUCAAUUUUGAUCUCUUUGAAAAAUGUAUGAAGACUGUUGAGAAUUGUCUUACUGAUUCUAAGAUAAACAAGAGUAGUGUGGAUGAUGUUGUUCUUGUUGGCGGUUCUUCUAGAAUUCCCAAAAUGCAGCAAAUGUUGCAAGACUUUUUCAUGUGGAAGGACCUUUGUUUCAGCAUCAACCCCGACGAGGCUGUUGCUUAUGGUGCAGCUGUUCAAGCUUCUUUGUUGUGUGAAGACAUGAAGAGUUCUCUAAACUUAGUUUUGCGAGAUGUCACCCCGUUAUCUCUAGGUAAGUCAAUAAGAGGAGAUGCUAUGAGUGUGGUGAUUCCUAGAAACACUUCCAUUCCUGUUAAGAAAACAAAAGAAUUCUUUACUGUUGAAGAUUACAUCUCCUAUAUGUCGGUUAAGGUUUAUGAAGGUGAGAGAUUAAAAGCCAGUGAGAACAACCUGUUGGGUAAGUUUAACUUAUCAAUUCCUCCCGCUCCUCGUGGCCAUUUUCCUGUCAAAGUAUGUUUUACCAUAGAUGUUGAUGGUAUUUUAAACGUAACGGCGAAGGAAGAAACUAGUGGGAAUGAGAAAGAUAUUACAAUAACAAGUGAAAAAGGAAGGCUAACAACCCAUGAAAUUGAAAGAAUGAUCCAGGAAGCUGAGAAUUUUAAGGCUGAAGACAUGAAGUUUAUGAAGAAAGUUGAAGCAGUCAAUGGUUUGGAUGAUUAUCUUUACAACAUGAGGAAAGUAAUGAAGGAUGAUAGUGUUACAUCAAUGCUCAACUCAAUUGACAAAAUGAAGAUCAAUUCUGCAAUGAUAAAAGGGAAACAAUUAAUUGAUGGCAAGCAGGACCAAGAAACAUUUGCUUUUGUGGAUUUCCAGAGGGAGCUUGAGAACAUCUUUGAAUCAGCGAUGAAAAAGAUCAACAAAGGCUACUCUGAUGAAGAAAGUGACUAUGAUUCUUAA